AUGGCGCCCACUGUCAAGUUCGCGUCUGCUAUGACCACCCGGUCGCUCCGCAUGGUCCGGACGGAACUAGAAUUCCUUGCCGAUGCCUCUGUGAUCACUCCCAACCAGCUCUCAACCAUUCUAUCACAGUUGCCCGCCGAUUCCGAGGUCUCUCGGGCGUUGCAGGCAUCACCAUCGGAGCAGGCACAGCCUGCGCCUGUUCAACAAGUUCCAGUACAAGCGCAGCCACCUCCAGCUCCAUACAGCAACACGCCCUCAUACUCGGCUCCCGUCUCACAAAUGUCCAAUAUGUCGGUGAACGAGAAAGCCGCGCUGAACAAUCAAUAUGCCAGCCCGCCCCCUCAGGCGCCGCCUUCUUAUCUCCAAGCCCCGCCGCUCCGUCUGGCGGUGGCCAUGUACGAAUUCAAAUCUACCGACCCGGGUGACCUGGACCUGAAGCCGCAUGAUCGUGUCCAGAUUACUGAGGAAAUAAACGCGCACUGGUGGCGUGGUCGCAAUGAGCGAACUGGUCAGGAGGGUAUCUUCCCUGGAAGUUACGUGGAUGAAAAAGCUGCGCUUGCUUCGCCCCCGCCCCAGUUUACAGACUAUGGAAACAUGCCUCUUGCGGUCAGCCAGAGUGGACAGCCCGAAAACCCCGAGGACCCAAAGAAGAACAAGUUCGAGGAAGGAGGCAAGAAGUUCGGAAAGAAACUGGGCAAUGCCGCAAUCUUCGGUGCCGGUGCUACUGUUGGCUCCAACAUCGUGAACAGCAUCUUCUAA